UGAACUCAUACACCGACUUUGCAAGUCGUGCUCUUCUUUACUACAGUACCAACGUUUUGCAUACAGAUUCAACAAAAGCAGACUCAGGGGAAAGAUGGCUCUCUGUGCUGGCCUGCGCGCAGACUGGAGUAAGAUUCGGGGUUUGGAAAAGAGCAUCGUAUUUUGUCACCAUUAUUUCAUCCAUGUACUUGUGAAGGAGCAUUCGAUUACAUAUGAAUGACAAACACUCGAAAAGAUAGAAACCAAAACAAUGGCCAACGGUAAUGCGAUAGAAAAGAUUCUAUGUGUAUUGAAUUCUUCACGGGUCAUUUGCAAAGAAGAAUUAAAAGAGUUCUAUUUGAAGGUCAUUUCAUAUGAUAAAACGAUCUAAUAUAGGCCAAUUUCUAGCACGGCAUAAUCGUUGCAGGAAAAAUCUAUCAGAUAGGUACAGUGAUCUACGGAAGGCAAAGACCGAAUCGGUUGCAACCAAGUCAAUAAUGAAGCAAGAAUGUGUCUAUAUGCACUACUUAUAAGGUGAGGACAAGCGUCUUUAUGAGUACACUAACAUUAUAUUUUGCGUUGAGUAUGAUUCAGGUAAGUAGGUUUCCCCUGUGUAAUCGAAGGCAACUACAUAUUCCCCAUUACUGAUCACGUGAGUUUGUUGCCGUGCAUUUUAUUGAUCAUGUUUCUGUUCAUUUCUUCGCAUCAUAUUUGAUUGGGAUAGAAUUCUGUUUUUGUAGUUUCGGCUGGCAUGGGGUGAUGUUUCCAAUGGUAGUGAGGGCAAGCUUUUUGGGGUAAUUUACAGGUGGGGUCCCGAUUUCAUCGUUUUCAGCAUGUCAAAAUCUAUAGGUAUGCCAAUUUUCAUGCUUUCUUCACUAAAUGCACGAUUGUUAUGGCUUUUUCCCUCACUAUGGAUGAUCCCCAACAACAAUCGUCAUUAUCAUAAUCAUAAUCAGAAUCAUAGAUCGACUAAAUGCAGCCUAAGUACACAAUUUAUUUUCUUUAGUUUACUUUGCAAAGUAACAAUAAGUAAUAUUUCAUGAUAGCUACUAGGGACACAAAGAAAAGCGGAUACGCUGCCUGACAGUUGCAAAGAAGAACAUUUCUAUGAGAAUUGGAACCAUUCCUUUGCCUUCCCAUCCAAUGAUGUAUCUUUAGCUUCCUGUGCAGGGGGGGUGGGGGGGGGUUGUGGUGGUUGGAGGUUCAAGAAAAGUAAAAAUUUACCGAUAAAAACGGUUUUGUUCCUGUUUUACAAAUUAUUGACCAACUAACGGUUACAUCUUAAGAUUUUGCAGGCAACUCAUGAAAAGCCAAGGGUGUCAAGCCCCCUUGCACGUUGACAGAUACGUUUGAAAUAUUGCAACGGAAGACAGCACGGAAUGUAACGUGAUGUAAUGUAAUGCUAUAGUGAAACCUAUGUUCGUAAAUGUAGAUAACCUAUGUUCGUAAAUGCUAGAGCCCCUCUACGAUUUUCGAUAAGUGCUCCUUGAAAAGGUCAACCCGUUAUAAAAUAAGCUUGCUGUAAAUAAAGAGCCUUGAAAAUGUAAUUUGCUAAAAACACUACCCCUUAAAUAUAGUAAUUGAUUAUAUCUAUUAAAUUAUCUUAAUUGCAAUCAAAGUACUACAUUGACGAAAUAUUGUUUCGGUACAGACAUUAUUCCUCCAAUUUCCCAGCGUCUUAAAAAUGGAUGUGUUCAGCGCUGGCAUAUGCAAGCAAUUUUUCUGGGAACCGGGAGAGUUUGGAAGCUCUAAAAGUGUUUUGGGAACGGGGUACCACACUUGAAAUGACCAUUUUAAAAGAAUUAUCCGUUUGAAUUGCAUAUCGUAGUAUCGGCGUGUCACAUAUUCCUUCAGAUUCUUGAACCAUUACGUAAGUAAAUGUUUUCUGAAAUCGUCUUCUUGAGUGUCCUUGAGAUCGUAAAAUAUUCAUAUGCAAAACAGUGUCAAAGAAGCAGGUGCUGUUUCAAGAAAACCCCGUCGAGUUGCAAUACGAUGCUGCAAUUACGGAAAAACAGGCUCCAUCGCAGGAAAGGCAGCUACCUACGACAAAUAAAAUUUUAGCAACAACAAAAUCAGUUCCAGUCUUUGCUCCGAAGAUGUUUAAAACACAGCCAAUGAUUUACUAUGCUGUACCGAAACACAAGUAUUACAUUUUGUCUGGCCUUGCAACUACAUUUACGAUGUUUAGCUGUGCUGUAAUCGGACUGAGUAUUGGCACAGAUCACUGGCGAGAGGCAAAAAAUCCUGGACACAACACCACUGUCGUUAUCCAAGGGCUGGUUGAAGAAUGUGAUAGAAGAAUCUUGAAAAUUGACUGCAUACAAGUCACAAAUUCAAGAUUUGCUGCUGGACACUUAGGUACAAUUGAAAUUGUUUAUGGCCUCCUAAUCGAGAGUCUUCUACUUGGAUUGAUGUCAUUGCUUGCCUCGUUUUUGGCUUCAUUUCACAAAAAGCACAUACUUGUUACCACGGUGGUUGCUAUGGAGAUUACCUCAGCUUUGUUCACCAUGCUUGCUGCAUCCAUUUACACUCACAACAUCAAUGAAAAGCCGUGGAGAUUUGGCUGGUCGUAUGGAUUGGCUUGGCUCGGCUUCAUAUCCAUGUUAUUUGUCCCAGUUUUUCAUUAUAUCGUCCAAGAUGUAAAAUUUCUAGGAAAAUCGAUUUGUAUUUGAUCAACAAUUUACAAUAGUUUGCAAGUUUUUGCAACAAAAUUAUAAAACUUAUUAGACAUAUUGUAAAUAUUACAUAGUAAUUGAAUCAUUAUUAAUUAUCAUAAUUGAAUUAAAUUCCAAAUGAUGGAGAAGCAGUUUAUUUGCCUGCUCUUUUUAAAGCGAGGUAUGGUAGCUAUUUUGAUGUUUCUCUAAUUAACUCGUGAAUGUUUUGAUGUCACAUCUACGAUGCUCUGGAUUCCGUUAGCUUUUUUUGGAAAACAUCCCUGUUACAUCUCCAGAAACUCAAACAAUAUUAUUUGUUAAAAUAAAAUAUUCAUUCAACUUCUUCAGUACGACGUGACGCAUUUUGAUAGGCCAUAUUAUGGAUAGGCCUAUCAACAUCAUUAUAGGUAUAUUUUUCAUACUUGUUCCUUACUUACUGUAGAAGUGACAGCUCUAAAAUUAAUGUUGUACAUUGUCAAAUUCAGUCAAGUCAUUUCUUCUUAAUCAACUAAGAACGACAAUAGAUUUUAAACUCUCUUAGUAUUCAUGCAGCCGAUUGUGAAUAAUUUUGCGCACAGAAAGAAGUAGCUGAGACCGGCCUGUAGUGGUCAAAUUCCUUUGCAUUUCAGCGACACUGCGAAAAAUUGUGUUGCUUUUCAUACAUUUUGGAUGUUUGAUGUUGCCAAUGGGUAGAUAAUCACAUUUUGCUUUAUCAAAUACGAUAGCUCCAAGCUAUCCAUUCCAAGAGAUUUCGACCUCUCAAACACUCGUCACUUGAACUGAGACCUUACUACCGAUGUGAAGUUUCUAGGUCUUCGUGCUGCUGAAUGAAAUUGAAGAGUUGCACAGCUACGCUUUCACAAAUUAUUUUUAAGCCCUUAGAUAUGACUGUGAAUGUCAUUGAACUUUGUUGGCAUUCUUUUAGGAUUCGACUUCUUUUUUAGAUCUGUAUUUCAUCUGUUUUCUUCUGUUUUCUUUGUUUUCAUCUGUAUGUGACGGUAUUUCUACUUCUUUGUGUAUAAACAAAAAAUGUUCAUUUCCAGUUUCUUACCCUUUUAUUUAAUGGCGAGAAUCCCUUCCAUGGUUUUCGUUGUUGUGAUUUUAUUGUCCAGCCAAGGAAGAUCUUUUCCCUUGACAUUUCACUGAACCAUUUAUGAGAAGUCUUUCAAUACCUUCCAGCGUGCCCUCUAGCAUUCAUUUAAGGCACUUUUUCAACACUUCACCCAAUGGGAAUCAGACUACUCAAGGAUAUCUUCAAAGGAAUCGUGACAACAUUUGCUAAGUUUCCAGAUGCAACUUUUCUUGGUCUUUGUCGUUGACAAUUCUGUAAAAACGGACUAAGGACAACAGAUGUUAGGCUCACAACAUUCCUUGGAUUUGUGCUGGCAAUUAUAUCAUUCAAGGUACUAGUUUCAGAUCUUUUUCUUGUGGACUCCUUAAUCUGCAUCUAGUUGACAAGUAAUCAUGCCCGUAAUAUAAGGGCCAUAACCAAUGACAAGGUUUCAUUACAAUCAGCACAAUUAGGGCAACUUUGAUUUCUUCAAAUAGUUUUUUUUAAAAACCAGAUUUCGUUGUCUCCGCCAACGACACUAGCACUGUCGCGAAUCCUUGAUGUUGUGUCCUAUGUUAAAAAAUGCUUUGUUUAUCAAACCUGAUGAUUAACAAAAAUUGUCUUCAUUUCCCAAGGAUAAUGGGGAUAGGUAAACCUUUCAUUGUUAGAAUAAACUCGAGUGAAAGGAGAAAACCCUUUCCAGUACCAGGAACGCUUUCUAGGUAUGAAUUUAUCGUUUUAGCUUUUAAAAAAUGAUAUGACAGUUUUUAUACUUUGAUCAUGCUUGUUACAAAUGUAAUUCAUUAAUUUAGUUAAUUUGAUGAAAACAUUCAUUAUUCCUGGGUUGAAAUCGAGUUGAUUGAGAGUUGAUUGCUGCCUUUAACGCAGCAAAAUUCGCUGCAAUGCACAACGAAAUAAAUUGGUUUUUAAGUUUCAGUUUGGUUACUUUUUAGCUGAACUUUUCUAUAAUUUCUUUCUAUAAUUUGAUUAAGAAAGCAAUUUGGCUUUAAAGGAAAGAAUGCAAGUUAGGACUAUUUAAGUGUGUUUUGCAAAUUUUUUGAAAGUCUUUUUGACCAAAAUCAAGGAUAUGGCAUUCAUCAAUGUGCCCUUUACCAAACAAAGACUUUGUUUUCCAGAGAAUUAAAAUC